AUGACAGAUGUUGUCAGGGGUCGCGCGCCUGAAACCUGGUCUGCUCGUCGUUUGGCGACUAUUAAGUUGUGCAACAGCUAUUGUCUCUAUACCGAUCUUGGGGUAGCUUGGCACAAUCAAUAUCAAUAUGAAGGUUGUGAUGACACCAAGGUCUGGUACCACUGGUUUGCUAUGAACCACCUUCGGACAUCAUUGUAUGCAUUUGCCAGCGAUGCUGCUCCUGCUCUCUCUCCAGAGAGUACCCUCUUCAUCGAGUACUGUGCAGGGGGUCCCUCUAGUACCACUCCUGUCCUCCUUGAGCUAUGUGUCGACUCCUCCGACACUGCUCCUCCUCCUUGCCAUCCUGCUUGCUUAGCACUCCUGUGCCUCUUGAGCUGUGUUGACUCUUUCAACACUGCUCCUCCUCCUCCUCCUCCUCCUCAAGACUUGCUUACCGGUCUCCUAUACACUGCUCCUCCUCCUUUGACCAGCAACGGUUCCUUUGACCCUUAUCUCUCGAGCCCCUGA